AUGGAGGUUGAGGUGAAGGCCAUCAUUCCUUUGCAGGAGGAUAGCGGGAAAGGCGGCUUCUGUUCCAUCUGCUUGGAGCAUUUGAAGGAGGCUGUGAGCACUGACUGUGGACACCUCUUCUGUCAAGAGUGCUUGGCCCGUCACUUGAAGGAUGGAGCCUCAGAAACCAGCUGCCCUGUCUGCCGGACCCCUUGUUCUGAGAAAGUGCUGGGGGAGGGCUAUGUGUGCCAGCGCCACCAGAAGUUGGUAAGCUUGUUUUGUGAAGAGCACUGCCUUCUUCUGUGUGAAAAGUGCCAGGAGUCCCCUGAGCACCAGUCUCAUCAGCACCUGGCCAUUGAAAAAGCCAGGAGCCACUACAAGGAACGGCUUGGCCGCAGGAUCAGGAAGCUCAAGAAGCUUAAAACUGAGGAGGAGAAGAAACUGCAAAUAUCACAGUUUAGGGUAGACUAUGGGGAUUACAGGCUGGAGGCUGAGAUGAAGAGCCAGCACCAAGCCAGGAAUGCCCUCCUUCAGCAGCAGCAGGACCAGCUGGAGGACCUGCAAGCACAGAAGACCAGAAUCUUGAACAUCUCCAAGGCAAUAACAGAGCUUAGCAACUUCAUCACUCCUCUGGAGAAGGCAGAGAAGCAACUGGAACCCAGCAUACUGAAGACAUCUUCAGCAGCUCUGACCUGCUCAUCUCUGGGCCAUCUCAUCUCAGACCCACCUCGGCUCUCGCCUUCUCCCACCCUUCCCAGUCCACCACUAGAUCUACUUGGUGCUUCUUCAGGCCUGCCAUCUCCUGAACAUUUCCCCCUUUCCUCAUCCCCACAGCAUGACCUGACCCUUGACUAUCUGACAUUUGGACAAUAG